AUGAGUACCUCAAUUGAUCAAGCCGAAGCCAGUGCGCUUCAGUCUGUAUUCAUCAAUAAUUGCUUUCUUGUGGCUGCUAUCGCUGUCUACGCAUUCGAUCGCUGUAUCCGCGUGGGACGUGAAAUUGACCUGAUAUGGAGCCGUGGCUAUUCCUUGGUCUCGGCUCUCUACACACUGUUGGAAGUGUUCACCGUCCUCUACUUGGGCCUGACAGCUGGUCAAGACCUCGUUUAUGUGGAUUGCAAGGUAGGAGUGCCGAUCAGAGCAGUUCCCGAAGAUAGUGCAGUACAGGCUAUCACUGCUAGCUACUAUGCGGUCAUUGCUGUCAUAGCUACCCUACGUGUCUAUGCUAUCAACGGCAGAUAUGAUUGGCGGAUAGUAUCUGCCGUCGUCUUCCCAUUACUUCUUCUCCGCAGUGCUUACGACCUGGCGAGUGCCUACCAAUUAUGUUGCCUCACCGGCAAAUUCACCGUUCGUCUAUGGAAUUUCCAUGCAUCCUAUAACAAAUUGACCGGCCUCAUUGUUUCUAGAUUCUACAUCGCGUCGCUUGUCACAUCAAUAGCUGCCGAUGCUAUCGUGUUCAUGGUGAUCUGGCGCCGCACCUACCAUGUGGCACGACUAUCCCGCGAGCAGAGUAUUGAAGCAUCUACAGUGAGCUCACUGCUGCUACGAGACGGAGCUAUCUACUUCGCGUUGGUAACACCGGUUCCUGUCCCUGUCGACUCAAACAAAGGGUCGUUCAUUAGAUCGCUCUUCAUACUGAACAGCAUCACCAUUAUUACGGAUUUGAAGACAGUUGUUCCAAUUGAUUCUAUGACUAUUCCAUUGACGAGCAUCAUAAUUUCGCGCAUGCUCCUCAACCUGCGAGAAGCAGGCCUUCAAGGCCAAGCUAAUAGCCAUGACCCAUCGACGUCUUCCCACCUCGGCGCAUCUCAGCCAGCGACUGGCAUAUCUGACCUACACUUCUCGCGGGGUGUUAGUGCAUUCGGAGCUAGCUGGAAUGAUGAUGAAGAUGGGGAGAUCGACGAAGGCGAGAUCGUGGAUGACGAAGGACAAGAGGUUGAGAUGAUGGGCAGAGAGACGGCGGAGAUUGAGUCGGCUGGAGCGUAGGACAUGACAUUUGCGUCGAAAGUCGUGUAGUCGUGCUUGGCAGUAUGUAAAAUGUUGACAAUUGCUCAUGUGUUC